ACUGUAGUGUAACCGAACCGCCGACCGGUGUUAAUGUAAUAAGAUACCUCAAAAAAGAUAAACAUGAGGGUGAUUUCCCAGGCUUCGUUUAAACUCAUUUCAAGGACAGGUAAAGUUCUGUCACGUGGCAUUUUCACGAACAGAGCUGCAGUGAUGGCUCCAAUUAAGGUUGGUGACACUCUUCCCAGUGUAGAUCUGUUUGAAGGCAACCCAGGUGGAAAAGUCAACACAAAAGAAGCCUUUGGGAAAGGAAAGCAUGUGAUCUUUUCUAUUGUAGGGGCCUUCACACCAACUUGUCAAGCAGAACAGUUUCCCACCUUUGUUGCAGAUAUUGAGAAGAUGAAAAGCAAAGGGGUGAAAUCCGUUAACUGUGUUAGCGUGAACGAUCCUUUUGUCAUGGAUGCUUUUGGCAAGGCACUUUCAGCUGGUGGAAAGGUGCGUUGCUUAGCAGACACUUGUGGUGCAUUUACAAAGGCAAUUGAAAUGGAACUGGAUUUAGCUGCCGUGCUGGGUAAUGUGCGGUCCAAAAGGUACGUGAUGGUGGUUGAAGACGGUAAAGUGAAAGCAAUCAAGGUCGAGGCUGAUAGCACAAAGGCCACAUGCAGUCGCAGUACUGAUGUUCUCGCGUUGCUAUAAGCUUCCUUUAACACAGCAUUGUGAUAAUGUUUUGCUAUCCUAGUAUUAUAUCUGAAUGUAUCAUAUUAGGACAAGUUGUGUAUACAAACAAUGUGAAAUCUGAGGAUUGAUAAAAAGUCAGAAUCUUGUGUUACAACUCAAAUAAUUUAUAUUUGUAUACCCUUUUCUUUUAUUUUGGGUUGUUUUUUAUAAAUGCUACCAUGUUAUACCAAAAUUAACACAUAACCAGUAGUAGUUGGGUUUAAUAAUGAGUUUCACAACUUGUUGAACCAAAGUUUUUUGUUAAUGUAUUUUGCUGUUUUUGCAUGUAUUUAGUCAAGAAUGUCUAAGUCAUUGAUAGGUGAAAGGAAAAAUCUCAGAUUGCUGGCGUGUAUACAGUCCAGUUUGAGGAAGCAGGUCGUGUGUAUCAGUAUUAUUUGUAACAACUAGGCAACAUUUUUGUCAUGCUAAGGCUAUCUUCCAUCGGCAGAUUUGCUUACUGUGCAUUUAACCACAAAAUUAAUACGUUUUACAAUGGUAUGUUUUGGUUAUUGCGUAUUUCGUCUUUUUUAAUAUUGUUUUUUUAACAUUAUAAAGGGUUUCUUGGUUAUUUAAUUGUUUAUUGGUGUUGAAUGGUCACUUAGUUAUGAAUCAUUACACUGAGAUUGGAUCUGCAGAUAGAAGUUUUUGUGUGGAAUAAAAUGUGAUAUCAAAA